AUGUCUGUUGUCCGUAGGAUCAAGGAUGCGGCUGUCCUCAAGGCUGACGAGUCACGCCAUGAGGAAACUACAGCAUGGUGCAACCGUGAUCUAGUACCACUGCCCCCGUCGCGCCGAACCUGGGGAUGGUUCAACUACUUUGGCGCCGCGUCUCUGGGCGCGCUCAACGUCUCGACGUGGCAGACACCCAACACCUUCCUCACUCAGGGUCUCUCCGUCGGCCAGGCCAUGGCCAUCAUCGUCGUCUCACGCCUCAUCGUCUCCAUCUUCACUUGCGUCAUCGGCUGGAUCGGCCUGACCUGGCACAUUGGCUUCACCGUGCAGAACCGCUACACAUGGGGCUUCCGUGGCGCCUACAUCCCCCUGAUCCAGCGUGUUAUGCUCAACUUCAUCUGGAACGCCCUCCAGUGCUGGAAUGGUGGCAAGCUCGUCGCCGUCGCGUUGACGGCCAUCUGGCCCUCCUUCAGCACGAUGAAGAACACGCUGCCUGCCAGCGUACCCACGACUACCAGCGAGAUGGUCGGCUUCACCAUCUUCUGGCUCCUGUCCGUGCCCUUUCUGUUCAUUCGCCCUGAGCGCUUCAAGAAGCCCUUCUUCUUCUCUUCACUGGGCUGCGGGCUCGCCAUGUUCUCCAUGAUGGUCUGGUCCCUCUCUGUGGCCAAGGGCGUCGGCCCCAUCUUCUGGAAGGGACAGGACGUCCCGGCCACCUCGCGCUGGGGCAUCUCCUGGAUCAUGAUGGCGGCCUUGAACCAGGCCAUUGGCCAGAAGGCUGCUGGUAUGACCAACGAGAGUGACUUUUCGCGUUACGCCUGCAAUAGAUGGGGUUUGAUUGUCGGCACAUUUUCCGUGCAAUGGAUUAUUGGUAUCAUUGUCUCGAUAGCUGGCCUCGUCACUACGGCGGCUUGCCAGAGGAUCUAUGGUGAGAUCUUCUGGAAUCCCCCGGAUCUGAUGAUGGUUAUGAUGGACAGCGGACAUGGCUCCUCCGCUGCGCGUGCAGGAGUCUUCUUCCUGUCCCUCGCCUUCGGCUUCGCCAUCCUCUUCCAGAACGUCUGCGGUAAUGCUGUCGCCGGAGGCAUCGACCUGUCCGGUAUCUUCCCUCGUUACGUCGACAUCCGUCGAGGCGCGCUCAUUACUUUCAUCGCCGCGUGGAUCAUCCAGCCGUGGCAGCUAAUCAACCGUGCCGCCACUUUUGUCACGGUUCUGAGCUCCUUCUCCGUCUUCCUCGCGCCUCUGCUGGGUGUCAUGAUUGCUGACUACUACGUUAUCCGUCGCCAGCGCAUCAAGCUGAACGACCUCUACCGUCCCGAGGGUUCGGAUUACUGGUACUCCCACGGUUUCAACUGGCGCGUCAUCCCUUGCUGGAUCGCUGGCUGGGCGCCCACAAUCGGCGGUCUCGUCGCCAGCGCUGGUAAAAUGACUGGCGCCCCUGAUGCGCUGUUCCAGAUUUACUACACAGCCUUCUUCACGGGCAUGGCCAUCUCUUUCAUACUCUACUACAGCCUUGUGCUCGUCUUUCCCGUCGCGGGGGCUGGCGCGUUCGACUUGCACGACGACUGGGCGACAUUUACCCCUAAGGAAGCUGCUGCACUGGGUGUCGUGCCCAAUGAAAACGCAGAAGAGUUCCAACUUGCGAAGUUCGGCCAAUCUGGCUAUGCCAAGCAUGGGGAGCCGACAUCCGCGACACAGAAGGAGACAUGGAGGGAUCUGGAGGCGGAUAUGGGAGCGGAGAAGCCUGUUGGUCAGGUUGAGACAAGGACGGCAAUUUGA